UCUGGGACAAAAGCUCGCAAGUCAGCGCGCGCGGACGUUUCGCUGCCAGAGAAGGCGGCUCCUCAACGCCAUCGCAGCGACGCAUCCCUGCGCACGAUGAGCGAGCAGCUCGACAAGCUCAGAGCAGCCAUCGCCGCCGCCGAGGCGCGCGCGCCCAACCCGCCGCCGCCCAAUAUACUACAAAGAACGCCGAAACCGGAUUUGGAUGCCUUGCGAGCUAAAAUAGCAAGGGCGGAAGGGGACGGUGGCGGGCGCUUGCGCGAGGCGGCUCGGUUAUUGCGAGGCGACGUCCUCGCCCAGCGGAGCGGCCUCUGCCAAACCCUAGAAGCGCUGGCGGAUCGGGCCCGAAACCCGCCCGACGACACGACGAACUGGCUCUGUGCGAAACUCCGAGAACUGCGACCAAAGGAGUCAAAAAUAUACGAACGGCCCGUCCUGCAGGGUCUAGUGAUGAAGUGCGACGAGUUCGCGCACAUCCACCUCUUCCCGACACCGAGGAUCCAUCCUCAAGUCUGGAACUUCCGCAAAUGCGACUUGGAGCUAUCCGUGUACGGCGUGGGCCAGUGCCAUUCUGCUGGUAUAGAACAUGUCAUCGCGGAACUGACGAAGGACCAUAGUAGCAUAGUGUGGUGUAAUAUGAGAGAAGAACCCGUGGUCUUCCUGGACGGCCAGGCUUGUGCUCCUAGAACGGCGAACAACCUCAACGAGAAUGUUGAAUAUCUCCAAUCGAUCGAGGACUUCGAAUUAGAUGCCAUGGAGCGGCGGCUGUGUCGAGAUUGUGUGGAAGCGGGUUCUACGCUACCGGUCUACUAUCAAGUGAGCGGAACGGAGAACGAGAAACGCGAUCUCUCUACAAGUACGGCGCGCUGCGUCUCUGACGUUUAUCCAUCCACCGUAAGGUACCACCGCAUCCCCAUCGCCGACGAGGCCGCCCCGGAAGAGAAGGACUUCGACCAACUGGUUUCCGCCAUACGGAGCGCUCCAUCAGAUAGUGCCUUUAUUUUUAAUUGUCAGAUGGGCCGCGGGAGAACUACCACAGGAAUGGUGUGUGCUUGUAUCAUGAUGCGCGCGUCUUCGGGUAAGUUGGCCGCACCUGCUGUUCCAAGGGACGGCACGGACCCGCGGAUUGUGGGCGACUUCCGCUGUAUUCGUGAGUUGGUAGGGAUGCUCGAUCGAGGUCAGGAGGCCAAGGCUUUGGCAGAUGCGUGCUGCAAGGCCUGUGCGCACGCGCAGCAUCUGGUCGAGGCCAUCAUGGCGUGCGACGUCAGUGCGAAGGUGGCGCCGGCGUCGUCGCACCGAAAUCCGGACUUCUGGCGGGCGCGCGGGAGGAAUUACCUCGAGAGGUACUGCUACCUCGUGCUCUUCGCCGCGUAUGCCCUGGAGCACGCUUCGAGUGGCUACGCGGCGUCGUUUAGCGAGUGGGCGCACCACCGGUGGCAGCUCAAGAGGGUGCUGAAGCACAUGACGCUCGAGGGGUAGUUAAAACUCUUUUUUGGUCCUUU